UCCAGAUCGUUCUAUAUCCAACAUCAUUUGACAUGGGUCUGUAAGUUUAUAUUUGGGGGUGUUUUGCAUGCAUUUUCAUUAUGGCUUCUUUUUUUCUCAUUGUUUUGUAGCUAUGACACCACUUGAAAUGAACAAUCAGACAGAUGUCACUGAAUUCAUCUUCUUGGGAUUUUCCAACCACCCCAAACUACAGGGCUUGUUUUUCUUGGUUUUCUUGCUCAUUUACCUGACAACACUCCUGGGGAACAUGCUCAUUAUAACAGCCACUAGAAUCAGUCCUGCUCUCCACACUCCAAUGUAUUAUUUCCUCAGCAACCUGAGUUUCUUGGACAUCUGUUAUACAUCCACCACCAUCCCCGUCAUGCUGGUGAACUUCUUCCGGGAGAAGAAGACCAUCUCAUAUGAGGGCUGCCUCUCCCAGAUUUUCUUCCUCGUCACAUGUGCUGGCACUGAAGGUGUCUUAUUGGCCGCUAUGGCUUAUGAUCGCUAUGUUGCCAUUUGCCACCCUCUUCAAUAUCCCGUCCUCAUGCGUGUGAAGGUCUGUAUUUUUUUGGUGGCUGGGUCCUGGCUGUGUGGGCUAGUGAAUUCUGUGACACACACAGUGCUGGCAGCCACACUGACUCUCUGUCAGUGUGACCACUUUCUCUGUGACAUUCCUCUGCUCCUGAAGCUCUCCUGUUCAGACACCUCUCUCAAUGAGUCUGUGCUUCAUGUGGCCAGUGCCACCAUUGGCCUGAGCCCCUGUCUGUUUACUGGAGUGUCCUACAUACUCAUCAUUUCUUCCAUUCUUAGGAUUCCCUCUGCUCAGGGCAGGAGCAAGGCCUUCUCUACCUGCGCAUCCCACCUCACUGUGGUGGUGGUCUUUUAUGGAACAGCCAACUUUAACUAUGACAGAACCAACAUAGGCUACAACCUGGACACAGAUAUCCUGGUCUCUGUGCUCUUCUGUGUCAUUACCCCCAUGUUGAACCCCAUCAUAUACAGCCUGAGAAACAAGGAGGUCAAGGGUGCUCUGAGGAAGCUAUCUAGGUAAUGUGGGUUCUCGAAUGAG